AUGUCAAGCCAUUACUUUCUGUCCUCCCUCCCUACUUCAGAGUCUAUCCCAGAUCUGCUCACAGCUGUGAAGAUCUUAGCUGGCUCUACAGUUGAGAUCGCAGCAGCUUCUGUCGGUGAGACCAGUCUGGUGAAAGCUGCCCGACAAAUAGAGGAAGACGGAAAAGGUUCGGACUCUACACUGGAGAUCGUAGAACCAGAAGUCCUAGAAGCGACCCCAGAGGUGGUAGCUAAGGAAGCAGCUGAAGAGGCAGCUGUAGCAGUGAGCGAGGAGGAGCUGAAAUCUGCAGAGGCUGGUGCUGCUGAGGAAGCGGCUGAUGCAGAAGCUGCAGAGGCUCCAUCUGCUGAGGAGGUAAUUACAGAGGAGACAUCUGCUCCUGCUGCAGCAGAAGAAGAGGAAGCAGCUGCAUCUCCUCCUGAGGAAGCUGCAGCUUCAGCCCCCACAGUGGAGGAGGUGGGAGAAGUUGAAGAUGAGGAUCAGGCUCCGGUCCCUGAAGCUGCUCCUGAGGAAGCUGUCUCUUCUACAGAGGCCUCACCUGAAGAAGUAGCUGAGGAUGCCACACCUGCUGAGGAGGCCACCAUCACUGCUGAAGCUGCCGUGAAUGACACAUCACCAGAUGAGAUGGCACCUGCUGCUGAGACAUCAGUGGUGGAGGGAGCGGAUGAAGCUCCAGCAGAGGAGGCAGCUGAAAUUGUGUCAGCACACAGUGAAGCCGCAGCAGCUGUGGACACGACCCAGCUGGCAGCAGCCUCCACUGGAGAAGGUCUGGAAGUUGUUUCAGCCGCCGAACCAGAACCUACAUCAGUGGCUCCAGCACAUGAGGCAAAGCAAUGCCACUCCUGCCACUCCGCUCCUUCAGCUGGAGAGGAGCUGGUGCCAACUGCUGCUUUGGACGAGGAGCUGGUCAGUGAGGGAGCAGUGGAUAUAACACAAGAGGCCAAAGAGGCGGUGUUACUGGUGGAGGGACAAAAGCCAAAGGUGUCUGUCUGGACUGUAAAAAGCUGCUCAGUGAUGUAAUAGUACAGUUAAGAAGCCACAGAGGCGAUGGUGGUGGUGACAGCCCAGUCGUGACCUGACAGACAGUGUGCCUUCCACCACACUCGCCUAUCUGUCAAUCAAGCCACGAUGACACAUGAAAACAACACGAACAAGAACUAGUCACAGGUUUAACUAACUAAUGUGUCCUUUCUGAAACGUUAUCACACAGUUUCUUGUAUGUUCUCUUUCUGUUUCUGUUCAAUCUGUUUUAGUGUUUGUGAAAUGAGUCCCAUUAUGUCUCACGUCCUCUAGGUGCCACUGUUGCAAAGGUUUUCAUGACCGGUUGAAUGGAACAUAAGUUUCUGCAAAGGUCUUAUCAAAUACAGUGGAAGCGGUUUGUUGUUAUUGUAAUGAUGUGUUAGCCGACCAAUAUCUACUAAUUCUACCGUGAUUUUUAAGUGGCAGUGCACUGAAAUGAUCACAUACAGAUAUGCAUUUUUCUCACUUUUGUCAUAGUACAAAUGAAGGUGCAGGUAUUUAAGCACUGUCAGACCAUAAAACUCCCACUAUACUUCAAAGUUUUAUUAAGUGAUGCAUUCCUCACAGAAAUACCAGUGAAAAAUAUUGCACCAAUGCUGAUAUUUGCUUUUUGAGGCUGAGAUCAGCUGAUAUCAUUAGUAUGGCCAUAUUUUGGUGCAUAUCUAAUUUCUUUUUGUGUGUGUGUGUUAUUUUUGUCUCUAUUUCACCUUCUGCUACAAAUGAUUGAUAAAUAGAUUAUAAGUUGGUUCAAACUACAGUAACAUGUCUCCAGUUCUCUCAGAGUUGCAGAUGGAUGCUUUGUUUUGAUUA